CCGGUAUAGAAGAAGAAGAAGCUGCUGCAACCGGCGGUAGAAGCUAACGUUAGCAUUAGCUGCUGUUCGUUUGUUCCCAGGUUGUGAUGUUUCCGUGUGUUAGCGUAGCUACACUGCAGCUAACUGCUAACUGCUAACAGGAGAGAAACCACACUGACGUGUCUUCGGUGUCUCUGAUAUGAGCAGCUCUGCUCAGAGGAAGAGGAGGACCACAGGAAGUCCUCUGGGUUCCAGAUCCAGCACCAAGACCAGCAGAGGGGUUAACGCUAGGAGGACGGCUGUCACUAACAGAGCGGCUAACAUUAGCAGGACGUCAGAUGGUGACCCCGCUCCCCCCACAGAAACCAUCGACGUGAUGGACAACACUGAGGACAGUGUGGAGGAGGUGGUGGAUCUGACCUGUGAGGGAUCAGAGGCUCCUGUGGUCGACCUGACCAACAACGACUCAGUGCUGCUGGUAGACGAAGGUCCUCAGAACAGGAGAGUCACCACAGGGGAGAGUUACGUCGUCAGCAGUGAUGAAGACGAGGACACGCCCCCUGUCCUCAACGCUGCAGUCAUAUCGUCUCUACAGACCCACAGCUCCUCCAGGUCAACUCCGGGGACGAUCAGCUGUCCUGUCUGUCUGGACUCGUACUCUGAGAUCGUCGAGAGCGGCCGAUUGGUUGUUUCCACUAAAUGUGGUCACGUGUUCUGCAGCCAGUGUCUGAGAGAUGCUCUGACAUCAUCACACACCUGCCCUACCUGCAGGAAGAGACUGACCCACCGCCAGUACCACCCCCUCUACAUCUGACAUCACACUGACAUCACAGGAUGCUUUUGUACUCAGUGAUCACUGAUUGAUUAUUGAUUAAUGUAUAUUAUUGAUUAUAUUGAUCUAGUUUGUUUUCUGCAGGUUGUUGUUUGUUUCUGAUCGUUUCUGCAGCUGGAUUUUAUUUUUACUGUGGAUGAUCAAUAAAUUCUAUUCAUUCCUGUGGAA